UCAGGAGGUCCCGCCUGCCAUGCCUGCCUGCCUGGAGCUGCCUCGGCGCAGCUCCGCCCCGUCUGUGGCGUUUGUUUGGGUCUAUAAGAAGCCCGCGGUGCUGCGUAACGGCGUCGGGGGGAAAGAUGGAGGGCUACUGGUGUUUUCUGGCGCUGCUGGCGUUGGCGCUGCUGCUGGGCUUCUGCUCCGUCGUCUUCGCCCUCGUCUGGGUUCUGCACUACCGCGAGGGGCUCGCCUGGGACGGGGGGAACGCCGAGUUCAACUGGCACCCGGUGCUCCUCAUCACGGGCUUCGUCUUCGUGCAAGGGAUCGCAAUCAUUGUGUACCGGUUACCGUGGACCUGGAAAUGCAGCAAAUUCCUGAUGAAAUUAAUCCAUGCUGGGUUAAAUACCAUCGCUCUGGUGCUUGCAGUUAUUGCUCUGGUGGCUGUUUGGGAUUUCCACAAUGCCAAGAGUAUUCCCAACAUGUACAGUCUGCACAGCUGGAUCGGACUGACUGCUGUCAUUUGUUAUGCUCUGCAGCUUGUUCUAGGUGUUGCUGUCUUCCUGCUUCCCUUUGCUCCCGGUUCUCUUCGGGCAACCCUGAUGCCAGUUCAUGCUUAUUUUGGCCUUCUAAUCUUUGGAACGGUGAUUGCGACAGCCCUCAUGGGAUUCACAGAAAAACUUAUUUUUGCUUUAUCGAGCCCUGGAUAUCAAUAUAAAGAUUCUCCCCCAGAGGCCAUCUUUGUCAACGUUCUUGGUGUUCUGAUCUUGGUCUUUGGUGCUGUUGUUUUGUGGAUGGCAACAAGGCCCCACUGGAAGCGCCCGCAGGAGCCGGAUUUGAAAAUCUCCCACCGAAACGGAGGAACGCUUGACAAAGAGGGAUCGACUAUGACGGACUGCAGCAACGCGGAGAAGUCUGACGUGGAGUUCAACAGCGAGGCAGCCAGGAAACGCAAUCUGAAACUGGACGAAGCUGGUCAGAGGUCAACCAUGUGAAGGUUUUGGAUGCUACAGCCGUACAUCUCUCAAUACCAAAAGGGCUAUUUUUCUCCCUCGCCUCUUUAGCUGUGCAACAACACAAUAUACAUUGCUUGCUUAUUGCUACGGGGACAUUCAUUGAUGACGAGGCGGCAAGGACUUUGAUUCUAGAAGAACUCGUGUUUAUUGGUCAGUUGUUCUGAAUGUAACUUUUCAUCGACAUGGGGCUGGAAUGAAGCGUGUCAGUUUUCUGCUGGUACAAGGCCUGUUGUCUUGAGCUGCUGGCAAAUCUCUUUGAGGAGCAGCUUGCCAGUGUGGUGUUCCAUUCCUUCCCAUAUUUCGGGGGUGAGCAGAUCCUAAAACCAUCGCCACGACAAUGUUAUCACUAAAACAAAUAAAACGUUAGGGUGUUUGUAACGGAAGGGUCUCCAGAAAAAUGGCAUAUAAACCAAUUAGGAGAAGGAUAGCACAGGUAUUGAAAGAGAGGAAAGGUUUGGGGGGGCAGACAUUGCAUAAAGAUUUGCCAAAAUGAUUACAAUCUUCCUAUGAGUGUUGCUCAUAUCGGGCCUCAUAGUCUCAGAAGUGCAAUCAGAGUUCUGUUUGUGCCAUUCUAGGUUAUCUUACACAAAUGGCAUGGCAACAUCUAACUCCUCCAUCCCUUGAUUUCACACAAGCUUUGGUGUUUAGGUUUUUUAUUUUUACAUUGCACACUUCAUCUCACGUGAAACCACAUAAUUGGCACCCUAACAGUAUUGGAGGGCAUAGACCAUCAAGUACGGCUACCAAGAGUGUUUCUGCACAACAGUGUGAAAUUGAUAUAGGUUGCUCAGCCACCGUGUUUGGAUUAAAAUGGUCCCCUUGUUUCUGUGACUCCAGUGGGACAAAAAUCCAAUAUAAGUGGAAGGAUGUUUCCUUAAGAGGUUGGUGGAUUGCAUCCUAAAGCAGUCCUCUUCAAAAGACUUUGGAAUAUUGACCUCUUAAAGGCACUGGUAGAAAUGUUCAAUAACUGUAAGAAGAAUGAUGGCAUGCUUUGCACACUUUUCGCUAUAGGAAAACUUUAUGCAAAGGCAUUUUACCUUUAGUUUACAGCCUGCACUUUGUAACUUUACAAAAAAAACAAAGCCCUCGCCACGGUCACGUUAUUACAGUCGAUAUUCUAAUUCUCUAGAAUAAAUUCAUUUAGCACAGCGCACAGACGAGUAACUACUUUCCGUUUAUAUGCCAAAUAGCAAUCUGACGAGACGGGACCCUCAUUCAUCUAAACAAACCAUAAUGCUAUUUAUUUAAGGAGCUGGAUGCUAUUUAUAGUUGCAUCGUUUGUUAAAGGGUCUUCUUUAUAAGAGCUGCAGUUUCAAAGAGAUCUGGGGAGGGAAGGAGGUUACAAAGAAAAGGCCCUGGAAUUGAAAUUGGAACUUUUAUCGUGGACACAUUAGGGAAUGUUACAUAAUCUUGUAAAAUGUAAGGAAGCCAGCUUGACUCUAGGUAAUGCUAAGCAGUAUAUUCAGCAGUUAUUUUUUAGAUCUCGGGCUAGCUUCAAUUCUGAAAGCACUAUGCUGAGAUUUUCCCAAAAGAAGUAGUGAUUCUGGAAUGAUUUCUUAGGGCCUUGGGAUAUAACCGGAAAUCUAUGGAAGCUUGUUGACUGUUGUACAUAUAUGUUGUAAAUUGUCAGUACAGUCAUACCUCGGGUUAAA